AUGCCUCAAGCGCAGCCCGAGCUGAAGAAGUACCUGGAAAAGCGCAUUCUUGUACAGCUCAAUGGUAGUCGCAAAGUUAUGGGGGUCUUAAGAGGAUAUGAUGUUUACUUGAAUAUCGUCUUGGAUGAUGCUAUCGAGGAGAGGGGACCCACUCAGAGAGACAGACUUGGGAUGGUGGUAAUUCGAGGCAACGCUGUUGUCAUGCUCGAGGCCUUGGACCGUAUCAACACGGAUGACAAGGGCGGACGAUGA